AUGCCGCAACAAUACACUUUUGACAAUGCCGCCCAGACCACUAUGGUGGGAUGGGAUCCCGCCAUCCUUAGGAACCGCACUCCUGCCCAACGCUGCACCGCCUACCUUGCCCGCUGGGGAACUAUCGCUGCCUGCCCCCCCUGCCUAUGCUGGCCUCACAAGACCAAUGGUGAAGUGCGUGCUGGCACCACUGCCAAAUGUUAUGGCUGCCGCACUGGGAACCAGCUGAUGCCGCUCCCCCAAGACACCCCCCGUGGCCUCGACAAUGAGGACCUACUGCCUUGCGGCUGUAAGUGGCAGCAUACUGCAGUAGAGCUGCUUUUCUACCGCAGGGCGCUCCCAGCUGCCACCCUCCCUCCUGGCGACGAUUCUUGUUGCGACUGA